CUUCUCCUAUAAGAGUACUGUUCCCUCUGCCAGAGACCAGGGCUGCCCAGGGAAGUCACCCGAGGCAGAGAAGUGGGGAGAGCUGCCCCCAGCUCUCUGAGCACUGGAUCAGCAGAUGUCACGGUUGUUAGGUGGCCACCUGAACAGGGGGCCAGCAGCUGCCUCACCUCUGUGUUUUUCUCCCUCCUUUCCUUCUGUCUCUCUCAGGGUCCAUCAGCUCCCCAGUUUGCUGGAUAUAUUUUCCUCAAGUGUCAGUCCUCAUCAAGACUGAAUUUUCCAUCUCCCCCCACCGCAGAUCCAGGCAGGACCCUUCAGUUUGCUUGGUUCAUUUCUCAGCGUCCCUCGAGACUUUCCUGUUUCAGAGCUAGAGCAACUUUCCUCGUCUUAAAAUUCUCACCCCUCUCCCCCGAUACACACAGUCCCUGACUUACUUACAAUGGCUUGAUUUUCAAGUUUUCAACUUUAAGAUGAUAUGAAAGCGAUGCACAUCCAGUAGAAGCUGUACUUUGGAUUUUGAAUUUGGAUCUUCUCUCAGGUUAGCGAUAUGUGGUAUGAUCAUCUCGUGUUGCUGGCAGGCAACUGCCUGCUCCCAGGCAGUCACGCGAUAGCGAUGGUAAACCGCACCCUUAGAACCAUUCUGGUUUUUGCUCUCAGUACAGUAUUUGGUAAAUUAUAAGGAAUUUCAACACUUUGUUAUAAAAUAGACUUUGGUUAGAUGAUUUUGCCCAUCUGUGGGCUAAUAGAAAUGUUCUGAGCACAGUUAGGUAGGCUAGGCUAUGACUGGUAGCUGAGGUGUACUAAAUGCAUUGUCAGCUUAGGAGGCUUAAGUAUGUAGCCCCAUCGUACAUUGAGGAAGAUCUGCAUACAUCCGAAAAUAGGCACAGUCAAAAGCUGGAACAGCAUCAGUGUUGUAAUACUAGAAAUCUCAACUUCCCCACCAGACAUUAUCAUGCCUAGAGCUAUUUUUCUGGGGUUACAGGAAAGGGGAGUCCACUCAUCUAGUUUCCACAGAAUGGUGGGCGGCAGCACCACCUCUCAGCCCCACCUCCUUACCUGAAAGUGGCCCUAAAUCCCCUCUGAAAGGGGAGGGUUCAGAUAUCAGCAUAACCCAUGAGACAGGGAGUGGGGUGGGGUGGAGAGGGUAUGGAAGUCUUAGAUGAAGUGUCUUGAAUAAGGCAGGACCAGGUGUCCCCAGUACAAAACAGAUGGGAAGGCCCUCCCCAAACUCCCAUUUUGGAUUAGACCAGCCCCAGGCAUGAACUAAGACUGUCCACAGCAUUUGGAUUAGUCAUGGCAGCGAAGAGAAGAGGACCUACAGCACAGGCUGUGCCUGGCAGGGAGUCUGGAGUUUCUGGUUUCCAAGUUCUGGAAGGCAUGAGCCAGGGGAGGGGCCUCCUUGUAGGGGGAGGGCGGGAAUCUGGGGCAAGGCCCCAGUCAGCUAUGCAAGGCUGUGCAAGCAGAGGCAACACCGAACAGGAGGAGGAUCCCAACAGCCUCCUGAAACUCAGGAGAGGAGCUACUCCAGCUUUGACCACCUAAGACAGCACUCCUCUGAAGAUUGUAACUCCAUUUGCCAUCCCGAGGCCUCUGCUCACCCUGUACCCCAAGGAUGGAACCACUACUGGGAGUAAAAAUUGGCUGCCUGUUUGCCCUGCUGGUUCUCACUCUGAUCUGCGGCCUUAUUCCCAUCUGCUUCAAAUGGUUCCAGCUGGAUGCAGCCACAGGUCGUCACCGCCGGGUCCUCAGCCUCCUGGGCUGCACUUCUGCAGGUGUUUUCCUGGGAGCGGGGUUCAUGCACAUGACUGCUGAUGCCCUGGAGGGAAUUGAAUCAGAGAUCCAGAAGUUUAUGAUGCAGAACAGGACAAAAAGGGAGGGAAGUGUUUCUGAUGAUGCCGAUUCAGCACAGAUGGAGUAUCCCUAUGGAGAGCUCAUCAUCUCCCUGGGCUUCUUCUUUGUCUUCCUUUUGGAGUCGCUGGCAUUGCAGUGCUAUCCUGGGGCUGCUGAAGGGGUCACAGUGCAGGAGGAGUGGGACGGGGCUCACGUCCUUGGACUCCACAGCCAUGGACCUCUCCCCUCCCCCUCAAAGGGUCCCCUCCGAGCCCUUGUCCUCUUGCUCUCCCUCUCCUUCCACUCAGUGUUUGAAGGUCUGGCUGUGGGGCUGCAGCCAACAGUAGCAGCUACCGUGCAACUCUGUCUCGCAGUCCUGGCUCACAAGGGGCUCAUCGUGUUUGGUGUAGGACUGCGGCUGGUGCAGAUAGGCAGUGGCUCGCGAUGGGCCACGCUGUCCAUCCUGUCACUGGCUCUCAUGUCCCCCCUGGGCCUGGUCCUGGGACUGGCUGUGACUCAGGGGGACUCUAAAGGGGGGCGUGGCUUAACCCAGGCUGUGUUAGAAGGUGUGGCAGCCGGCACCUUUCUGUAUGUCACCUUCCUAGAAAUUCUGCCCCGGGAGCUAGCUGGCCCCGAGGCCCCUCUGGCCAAGUGGGGCUGUGUAGCCGCCGGUUUUGCCUUCAUGGCCAUUAUUGCUUUGUGGGCCUGAGAGAUUCCUGAUUCUUCUGAUGGACCUAUCUACAAUGGCCUUCCUGCCCCUGGGAGACACUUCCCAGACAGCUUUGGCCCUCAGAUAUUUCUCUACUGAGACUAAGUGACAUUCACUAGGCAUCAUCCACAUGAACUGGACCCCAGCUUUUCCCUACAUGAGAUCCCAUUUCUCAUCCAGGACUGAGAGAAAGAUGUUUAAGUUGAGCGCCUAUAAAUUGGAGAAUUGAUAUAAACACAAUCACUCUA